AUGAACGCUGUGGGGAGACAGAGAUCUGGUACAUCGGCGGUGCAUCACCAGCGACAAUAUUCCGACAACUUUUUGGAGGCCUCAUCCAAUGGCCGAUGGCUUCAAUCAGCUGGUCUUCAACACUUUCAGUCCUCAAAUAACUCUGUUCCUUCUCCACAGGACUUUGGUUACUAUGGUGGAGAAGGUCAGGGUACCAGAAUGUAUAGGAAUGUGCAGAGGACUUUUACUGGAGGUAGUGAUUUGUUUGCGGAGCCAUUGACGCCGCCGGCAAAUUCACGGCCGUUGGGCAAUUGGAAGAAUCGAGAGGAACAAGUUUCGCCUAAUGAGUUCAGUCCAGGGCUGUUAGAUCUACACUCUUUAGACACUGAGCUUCUACCUGAGAUGGCUGUUCCUGGUCAUACCUCUUCUGUGUAUCAUGCUGGUCGGCGAGGAAGCUUUGAUUAUUCUGAGCCAUACUUGGUGAGUAGCAAACAAACUGGUGGAGUUCGUGGAAUGCCAGAUAACAAUCUUUUGAAAAGUUUUGCUCCAGAUAAAGAGAAGACCAGUAAUGUUGCAAAGAUCAAAGUUGUGGUGCGCAAGAGACCACUAAACAAAAAGGAAUUGGCGAAGAAUGAAGAGGACAUCAUAGAGACUCAUUUCAAUUCUCUUACAGUUCAUGAAACUAAACUUAAGGUUGACCUAACAGAAUAUGUGGAGAAACAUGAAUUUGUUUUUGAUGCUGUGCUGAAUGAGGAGGUUUCAAAUGAUGAGGUAUACCGUGAAACUGUGGAGCCCAUAGUUCCAAUAAUUUUUCAGCGCACCAAGGCAACUUGCUUUGCGUAUGGGCAAACAGGGAGCGGAAAAACUUACACUAUGAAACCACUACCCCUUAAAGCAUCCCGGGAUAUCUUGAGGCUGAUGCACCAUACUUAUCGGAACCAAGGCUUUCAAUUGUUUUUCAGCUUCUUUGAGAUAUAUGGAGGGAAACUCUUUGAUCUCCUCAACGAUCGGAAAAAACUUUGCAUGAGAGAGGAUGGUAAACAGCAAGUUUGCAUUGUGGGUUUGCAAGAGUACAGAGUAUCCGAGGUGGAAACAAUUACGGAGCUUAUUGAGAAAGGAAGUGCUGCAAGAAGUACUGGCACAACCGGUGCAAAUGAGGAAUCCUCCCGUUCACAUGCCAUACUUCAGCUUGCUAUUAAGAGGUCAGGUGAUGGCAGUGGAUCUAAGCCUGCUCGUGUCGUUGGCAAGCUCUCCUUCAUAGACCUUGCUGGAAGUGAACGAGGUGCAGAUACUACAGACAAUGAUAGGCAGACAAGAAUGGAAGGUGCUGAGAUCAAUAAAAGCUUGCUUGCAUUAAAGGAAUGCAUAAGAGCUCUUGACAACGACCAGGGUCAUAUCCCUUUUAGAGGCAGUAAAUUAACUGAGGUUCUGAGGGAUUCAUUUGUUGGAGAUUCUCGGACUGUUAUGAUAUCUUGCAUUUCACCUAGUUCAGGAUCAUGUGAACACACUCUCAACACCUUAAGAUAUGCUGACAGGGUGAAAAGCCUUUCAAAAGGGAACAAUUCCAAAAAGGACAUCUUAUCUUCGACUUUAAACCUGAAGGAAUCAAUGACUUUACCCUUAGCUUCGGUUUUGCCACCUGCAUCAACUUUUGAAGAUGACAUAGCAGAUUCAUGGCCUGAACAAGCAGAUGGAGAGGAAUAUGAUGCAUCAGAAAAGUUCUAUGAGCAAGAGAAGUCAUCAUGGAAGCACGGGAAACUUGAAGGGUACAGUCUCUCAAAUAUGGAAGAUACAAGGAGAAGAGACAAUGGUCAGACAAAUUGGAAGGUCCCUCCAAAAUCUGAUCCAAAACAUUCACACUCUGACGAUGGUUUGAAUGCCCUGUUGAAGGUGAUAACUACAGGAAAGUUAGUGUGA